UUGAUCGGGUGUGGUGAAUAACCAUAGAGUGACGCGAAUGUGACUCAGUGUUCAUCGUGAAGCUUCGGUCCGUUCUAGUUUCCAAUUUUUAGACGUUUUCCGAGUCUCUAUUUAUUGUUCACCGAGUGCAAAAUGUCUUCCCGUAAAACUGCCGGACGUCGUGCUACUACAAAGAAACGUGCUCAACGUGCAACAUCAAAUGUUUUCGCGAUGUUCGACCAGGCACAGAUCGCAGAAUUCAAAGAGGCUUUUAACAUGAUCGAUCAGAAUCACGACGGAUUUAUUGACAAGGAAGAUUUGCACGACAUGCUUGCCUCCCUGGGUAAGAAUCCUACUGAUGAAUAUUUAGAGGCAAUGAUGAAUGAAGCACCUGGACCUAUCAACUUCACAAUGUUUUUGACAUUGUUUGGAGAGAGAUUACAAGCUGAUCCUGAAGAUGUAAUCAAGAAUGCUUUCGGUUGUUUUGAUGAAGAAAAUACUGGUCAUAUAAAUGAAGAACGUCUUCGUGAAUUGCUUACGACAAUGGGUGACAGAUUCACGGAUGACGACGUAGACGAAAUGUAUCGCGAAGCACCAAUUAAAGGCUCGAUGUUCGACUAUCUGGAGUUCACUCGAAUUCUGAAGCAUGGUGCAAAAGACAAGGACGAGCAGUAGUAUGCGGAUUAAUUUUAAAAGACCGUGUAUCCUGACACGAAAUCGUAGAUAGUAUUCGAAAUUCCUUGUAUGCAUUUCGCAUUUCUGAAUUCAUCGGAUUUUUAUUCACGCAAUAUUAUUAAUAAAUAUAUUAUUAAUAAAUAAUAGGAGAAUAUGGUGAUACGUAUGAAGCAACUGAAUUAUAAGAAAUUGUAAUCUCUCAGUAGAUGUAAUCUCUUACUAAGAGCAUUUACUUGCAUUUCAUAUUUCUAUAAAGGUCGAAAUAAUUAUAUUACUUGAAUAAGUAAGUGAUGUAUUUAGAAAUGCGUCAUUCAAAAAAAUCUUUUUGAAGUAUUCAACUAUAACCAUUUUUUGUGAAUGAUUUCUGUACAGCCAACAAAAGUUACACGCAUAAGAUAUUUAUAUAUAUAAAACGAACAUGUAACUGUUGUAGAGAUUCAGCAUUUAUAUUUUAAUAUAAUAUUCUGUUGCAUAUGAAAA